GCCAGCAGCAGCAGAGAGAGCCACAAGGCGGCGACUGUGAGCUUUUGGGUACUGCGUAGACUCUAUGGAGACUGAUGUCUGGGGAUGCGACCAGAAGCUUGGGGAGAGGCAGCAGUCCCCCAGGGCCAGUCCCUGAGGGUGUCAUCCGAAUCUACAGCAUGAGGUUCUGCCCCUACUCGCAAAGGGCACGCCUGGUCCUCAAGGCCAAAGGCAUCAGGCAUGAAGUUGUCAACAUUAACCUGAAGAACAAGCCUGAGUGGUACUUUACAAAACACCCUUUUGGCCAGAUUCCUGUCCUGGAAAACAGCCAGGGUCAACUGGUCUAUGAAUCUGUCAUCGCUUGUGAGUACCUGGAUGACCUCUACCCGGGAAGGAAGCUGUUUCCAUUUGACCCUUAUGAACGAGCUCGCCAGAAGAUGUUACUGGAACUAUUCUGUAAGAUCCCACACUUAACCAAGGAAAGUCUGGUAGCGAUGAGAUGCGGGAGAGAGUGUACGGAUCUGAAGACUGCCCUGCGUCAGGAGUUCCGUAAUCUGGAAGAGGUACAAAGGAGCAUCCUUCCCAUCAGAGGCGAGGGACCACGCCAUGUGUAGUGUCUCUAACUGAGACACCCUGACGUCACCGGCUUGCAGACUUUAUGCCCAGCUUUGAUGUGAUCCCUUUCUAGUUGUCUGACUGUGACCUGCACAUGCUUGCAUCCCUGACCUUUCCUGAAAGGACCUGAAUUUGUCCUUUCCUGGCAUUGUGUUGUUCCCUGAGAUUCUCUGCAUGGUUUCUGCCGAUGAGGCUGAGGUAUCGGCUGGUGGCCGUGUAGGAAUUGUCUAAUGAUGGUUUAGUCUCUCACAUUACAAAUCGGGGGAAGCAGGGGAGUCCAAGGCUGUUUCCAUGCCUCCUCACGAGGUUGUCAGGGACUGAAGCUCAUCUUUCUGUCCUGUCACAUUUAGUGCAAGGUUUUCAUCCUUAAAAACAAGAUGGCUGCUGGGUCUUCUGGCAUCACCUUCUUCUUAGGCUCUAGCUAAGCGAAGGAGAGAGAAAAGCAGCAAAUGCCGGACCCUCCUAAAGGACUCACCCAGAAAUGCCGGACCUUCUUAAAGGACUCACCCAGAUUUAGUUGUCAGGUUGUGACAGUCAGCAGAGGAGGCUGGGAGAUCUAUCUUUUAGUUGAGAGGAGGCUGGGGAAUUUAUCUUUUAGUUGAGAUACCCCGAAUAAAAUCAGUUUGGUGUAUUUUAGAAAUGGAAGGUGC